AGGGCGCUCCCUUAGUUGCAAUCCUCCAUAUUAAAAAAAAACACACACACUACACAACUGAAAGAACUAUAUUAUUUUCUUCCGAUGUUGAACCGCCUUUUCCCCUUCUGUUCUUCCCCCACCCUUCCCUUUUUGUCAAACGGAGAACAGGAAAAAGAAGACAAAGAGAAAGGAAGCAGGAGAAUGGUAGGGAGACACUUAGCAGGGAGAAAGAAUGGAUAGGCAGGGGCUGAAAUAAAAGAGAAACGGAGAGAGAAAAGGAAAAAAAAAUAUUGACAGAGCAACGGACAGAGGACGGCUGCUUGAUGGAGAAGCAGGCAUGGAUUGAUGGAUGGAUGACAGAAGUGACGCAGCUGAUCUUAGCAGCCCUGUGACUCUUGUGGUCAGCCAGAACAGAUAAAGAAGGGCAGAGGAAACAGGGAAAGAAAGAAAGAAAGAAAGAAAGAAAGAAAGAAAGAAAGAAAGAAAGAAAGAAAGAAAGAAAGAAAGAAAGAAAGAGAAAGACAUGGGAUAAAAGAACAAGACAGCAUAAAAAAAGACAGGAGAGUGUUCCAACUUUAGACAGCUGUCCGGUUUGUUCCCUGCUCAUUUCAUUUGCUGCCAUCCAAAGUCAUUCCCUGAUGUCGGGACGAGCCGUGCGGGCCGAGACAAGGAGCCGGGCAAAAGAUGACAUCAAAAAAGUGAUGGCAGCCAUCGAACAUGUCCGCAGAUGGGAAAAGCGGUGGGUGACUGUGGGAGAUACAUCUCUACGCAUCUACAAGUGGGUACCGAUUGUGGAUCCCCGGGAUGAGGAGAAGAGGAGACUAGCAGGCAACAGUGAUCAGAGGAUGAAAGAGAGACGAUCUCAGAUUCCCAGUCCCCGGAGCAAUGCUGCUUUGCUCAUGUUGGACCUCAAUGAUGAGAACAGUAACCAGAGCUCUCUUUCGGAAACCUCUCUGCUGAAAGGGGGAGACACGAGCCCCAGCCCGACCCCGGACCGCAGCCAGACUGUAACCCCGACUCCCUUAGGAGAGCUGAAGGUGGAGGACUCACAGCCCCCUUUGUUAGGACAGGAAGGAGAUUCUGGGGGGCUGCUUCUGGAGGGACAAGAUGAGCCCCCCAUGCUUACCAAAGAAGAACUCAACCCCAAGGCAUCAGAUCCCCAGGUGGUGGAGGCAUCGGGUCCAGCAGAGUUCACAAAGGCCCUUGAGGAGUCCCCACCGGAGACAGAAGAGUCAUCAUCAUCUGAGGCUCCCCCACUGAAACGUAUCCGCGCUGAGACCCAAGGUUCAGAGUCCAGCCGGCCCUCAGAAGCUUAAGCUCCGGCCUGCUUCUGAACUUCCCACCUCUUUUGAUGGGUGUUCGGAUGUGCGUGGGGAGGGGGGACCUUACCAAGGAAAAAUAUAUUCACGUCUUGUCAAGCUAAAAUAUGGUGCAAGCUAACUCACUCACCUGUUCUCUUCUCCAGGAAUGGUCACCAAUUUCAUUAUACUUGCUCCCCCUGGUGGGCUUAUCAUGUAAAACAGUGACUAUUGUCAGCAAGUAAACACUGUGGAGUGCUUGCCUGCCCAGAAGGGCUGUGUUUCUUCACAAGCAGCAGUCAUGUUAAGACGGUGUGUGAAUGACCUACAGUAUUAAAAGGAAAUGUGGUGGUAGAGGAUGGUACACUCAGAGAUGUGUGGGAGGAAUAGUGAUGAAAGAGGAAUUUUACAGGGGAAAAUUAUUAAGUCACAAGGAAUUACACUUGAGUGGGAGAGGCAGUGGCCCAAUUGUCAGAGGGACAAAGAACAAAAGGGGUGGUUUGAAAACUCAUGCCAAGGAAGUCAAAUUCUUCCCAGGUUUCAUCUCGUAACCUCGCUCUGGGAGCGAAAGGAUAUGCAACGGUUUAAAAGCUCCAAGCCCUCAUGUAAGUCUGCAUCUACCUAAGUCCAAAUGUUGUCAUCUGGAAACUCGCAUUCUGCAAAGACAUCCAAAUAUGCACAUUAAGCGUAUUUUGCUUGGUUUUGCAUAACUGUAUUGUUUCUUUGAUUUAGAGGAGAUCAUGGAGAUGUUCCGGAGGAUUUUUUUCCCAGAAAUGUGAGAACGAGAAAGCUAUUGUUUAAAAAUAACCAAACUCAGUGUCUUGUGAUGUAAAUCUCACACUCGGCUGCAGACAUACAGGGUAUGUGGCAACCACUUAAAACUGUUUUUGAAGGUCAAGCCUGUACUGAAAUUGUAGACUUCAUCUCUAAAUCCUUUUUGUCCAGAAAUGGAGAUCUCCUUUUCAGUUGUUUGUUCAAAACGGGAAAAAUAUUUCUCUAGAAAUGUUUACUGUACAGUUGUUGUUGUUGUUUUUUGGCAUUCCACUCCUUAGAACUGAAAUGUUCUGGAGUAAAGACCUGGUAGAUUUCUAGCUGAUCCUCUUCAAGGAAUCUCAGACGCCACAGAAAGGAAGGAAGUCUCAAAUGUAGAAGUGGGAACUGGAGGUUUCCGAGUCUUUGAUUGAACUCUGUUUCUGGCAAAAUUUGGGUAAGUUUACCUUUUGGGCUGCAACUCUCAGAAUUCCCCAGUUUGGAGAAUUUUGGGAACUAUGGUCCAAAACACACACAUAUGUUUUCCAACGCUUUGGUCUUGGGAACAGAGGCACAGAUUCAGUGCGUUAUUGGGAGGAUAUUGUUUGUCAGUAUUCCCAGCUUCUGUGCCCAGAGCUGGCUAGAGGAUUUGUGAAAAGCAAGAGGUAUUGGUUCGAACCUGUGUUUGGAGAGCAGGAAUCUGGCAGAUUAUGGAGGCAGGCUAGCUAGAGAAUGAGUCUACAUUGUGAGUUUUUGUGGUAUGUAUAUAUAUAUAUUAGAGAGCCUGCUCUGAGAGCAAGUGUGACCUGGGUCUGUGAUUCCAAAGAAUCGUGCUUUAAACAAUAUGGGUCAAAUCCUGGUUGAGAUAUGCAUCACUGGGUGGUGGAAGCAGACUUCCUUGCUGCUUUUUCCCGUGGCAAUCUUUUUUGAUGUGCACAGUAACUAAGCUUUGAAAACCUUUAUUAAUUUGGCCCCUUGGAAAAAAAAUGUUGCUCUCAUGGUCAGCCCCUUCUCCCACUUUAACAAGAAUGUGGAUAGCAAUGUUUGACUGACCCAUGUCACCAAACACAUCUGGGUACAGCUAACCCAGUUUGCUCCCUGUUUACCUUCUCAAGUCUAAACCAUGAUCAGUCUAACCAUGAUCAGUCUUCUCAGUGCAAUGCAGGUUUCAAGCGGUUGAUCUCACUAGAACCUCUGAAUUAGAAAUCAGAUUCAAAUUAGCUUUCAAGCAGAACAUGAGGAAAGAAAAGGAAACCAGCAGUUAUGCUGGGGUAGGUAUCUGGGGUUGGCUAAAGUUUGAGACACCACAAAAAAAAACACUGAAAAUGGUCAUUGAAGAAUCUUACGCUAGUCUUCCAUGGGACCUGUUCCUUGGUUAAGUGAAUAUAGGAUUGUAACCUUAAUUGUCAUAGUUUGUUACAAGGAGAGAACUCUUAACUAUCCUAAGCUAAUACAGUACUCACAUGCAAGCAGAACUUUAACGUGGUUCCGGAACACAUACAAAGUACAAAUCAGAUAGCAAGACAGCAGACAAGCACAGCAUUAGGGAGGCUAGGCAAAAUAAAGCAAACUUAAUAAGGAACGCAAAACCAGACCAAAAGCAAAUAAAAAUGUCUCUGUAUUCUCACUCUCAUGUCUGGUGAAGUGGACAUGUUCCACAAAAGGUCACAUUAAAAGAUAGCAGUUGGUUUUUAAGAUGUCACACAAUGCCUUUAUCUUCUUUAAUUCUAUAUUUUUUUUUGCUUUGGUUUGGUUUUGUGUUCCCUGUUGAUAAAACUUUGAAAACUACAGUUUUGUUAAAAUAGCUUGGACCAGGAGUGAGUUAUGGCCUUGUAAAUUUAUUCUCACGGAGAUAAGACACAGAUGGCAUGGCCUUCCAAUUAAUAGGCAUUUUCUCCCCUCUCUUUCAGCCUGCUCAAUCUAGGCACAAACUAACCGGCUUGUGUUUCAAAGAGUAUCUUAAUUGUCACCCCCCAUUUUCGAGUUUCUUAACAGAAAUAGAUACAGUACUUCAUUUUGGCUGGGACUUGGGAAUGAGGCCAGGAAAUAGUGUGCGUGUUGGAGGUGCGGAGAGGACUUGAAAUCUAGGGAUUUGGAAUUGUUUUGGAAUACAGCUUUCCAUUUUGAGGCUCUGAAAUCAAGUUCUGUAACUUCCAAGCAUGGCAGAAUUCUGUCAUGUUUGAAAGAUAGGACACGGCGGUUUUGUAAAUGCAUUUUAUGCAAGAUAAA